UGUCACGCAUGCGCAGUGUGCACGUGUUUCAUUAGGCGGAAGUUCGUGUCUUGUAUUUCCGGGUCACGCUGCUCAGCUCAGGAGAAACAUGGACGGCACCGAACCUCGGAAACUUCCUCGAGUCCCGGAAAAUCUUCUGAAGAGAAGAAAGAAAUAUCAGGGCCUGAAAGCAGCGGAAGCCAAGAGGGCACUAGAGGAGAAGAAAAAGUCCCAUCCAGGACAACAGAUAAAGUUUAGACGUCUGGAGACUUUUGUGAGAGACGCCAGGAGGAAGAUGAGAGACGACUGCAGGUUACGGAGGAUGCAGGUCUACAGGAAGAAGAUCCCCAACGUGUCGCGGGAGAAGCUGGCCUUCGUGGUGCGGAUCGCAGACGUUCAGGGUGUGAGUGCACCAGUGCUGCGCGUCCUGAAAUCCUUCAGACUGAUGAAGAUGUUCUCCGGAGUGUUUGUGAAGCUGACACCGGAGUCUAUAAAGAUGAUACAAAUCAUUGAGCCCUACGUGGCCUGGGGUUUUCCGAACUUGAAGUCUAUACGGGAGCUCAUCCUAAAGCGCGGAGAAGGGAUCGUAAACGGCAAAAAGACGCCCCUGACGGACAACAACCUGAUAGAGGAACGGCUCGGCGUCUUCGGGAUCAUCUGUCUAGAAGACGUGAUUCACGAGUUGUACUCGGCCGGAGAGAACUUCACCGAGGUCAAUAGGUUCUUGUGCCCCUUCCAUUUGUCGGUGGCGCGUCACGCCGGUAUCAACAGGAAAGGUUAUCUCACCGAGGUCGGCGAUCCUGGAAACCGCGGCGUCGGCAUCAACCAGCUGAUACGGAAGCUCAACUAAAAGGGUCACGCUUCUGGAUCUGCACUUUAUAGGGACGUUCUCGAUUCGACAGGAGCCGCUCAUUCAGAUGAUUGUGAGAACAACCAGAAGAACCCCACAUCCGGAGAACGGCCAAAAGAACCCCGACCCCCCCCCACAUCCGGAGAACGGCCAGAAGAACCCUGACCCCCC